AUGACAGGUGAAAAGAUAGCAGAGGCCGGCGAAGGCGAAAUCCGGACUGGCAGUGACACCUCAGCUGCCCAUAAAGAGGACCAAAUCGAAGAGAUCGAUUCCGCUCUCGAGAAGAAGGUACUCAGAAAGGUUGAUUGGCACUUGAUUCCUAUUCUAUUCCUCCUGCAACUUUGCAGCUUUAUUGAUCGAAUCAAUAUUGGCAAUGCUCGGAUUCAGGGGUUGGAGAAAGAUCUGCAUAUGACCGGCAACGACUUCAACAUCGCUCUUUUCCUGUUCUUCAUUCCCUACAUUCUCCUUGAGGUCCCCAGUAACCUCUUGUUGAAGCACGUCCGUCCAUCGCUUUACAUCCCAGGGAUGAUAUUUUUCUGGGGUGUCAUCACGAUUUGCCAGGGACUCACUAAGUCAUUUGGUGGUCUCAUAGCCUGUCGAGUAUUGAUGGGUGUCUUUGAGUCUGGUUUCUUCCCAAGCAAUGUGUAUCUGAUGUCGAUGUACUACAAGCGGCAUGAGAUUCAGUCACGGUUCACCAUAUACUUCAGCUCAGGUAUCGUCGCUGGAGCUACGAGCGGCCUCCUUGCAUACGCGAUCGCUCACAUCAAGACGCUGGGAGGAUACGCCUCGUGGCGGUGGAUCUUUAUUCUUGAAGGACUUGCCACCGUCGUUAUUGCUAUAUCGGCCUUCUGGUUGGUUCCAGAUUGGCCAGAAACAGCCAGAUUUCUAACCCCAGAUGAGCGAACGAUCAUUCUAAGACGGGUCGCUGAGGAUAGAGCAGGUGCAACGAUGAAUCAUUGGAACAAACAGACUGCCAAACGGAUCUUUAGUGAUGUGAAGAUAUACCUUGGUGUCCUCAUGUACAUUGGUAUCACCACCACGACCUAUUCAGGCUCACUUUUUAUCCCAACUAUCUUGAGACAACUCGGAUGGACUGCGGUCAAAGCACAAGUGAUGUCCAUUCCGAUUUACGCGGUCGCUCUCGUUUGCACUUUAACGACGGCAUUUCUAAGCGACAAGCUCAAGCACCGCUAUGGCUUCGUAGUCUUUGGCAGCGUUAUUUCCACGAUCGGAUAUGUCAUCCUUCUCAACAUGCUUUCAGUCAAGGUCGGUGUUCGGUACUUUGCCGUUUUCCUCUUCCUGACGGGCGGUUUCAUCGUCCACCCGAUCAUCAUUAUCUGGCUCAGCAACAACGUAUCGGGCCACUAUAAAAGUGGAGUCAGCUCGGCCAUGCAACUCGGCUUCGGCAAUCUUUCAGGAAUCAUCGCUUCGAACAUCUACAUCACGAAACAGGCACCGACCUUCAAGCUGGGCUUUGGACUUGGUCUGGGCUUGGUGUGGCUCUGCGUCAUCAGCGCCACUGUGCUACUUUUUUACCUCAUGCGGGAGAACAAGUUGCGAAACGAGGGUAAAAGAGAUGAUAGAUUUAAUUUACCAGAGGAGGAGCUGAAGAACUUGGGAGACGAUCACCCAUCGUUCCGCUUCACAUACUGA